GAUUUCUUUGCCGGCUCACUUUACGUAAAGUUUUUGCUAUCAGUUCAACAAGUUGCCUGUGCAUAUUCUAUCAAAAGUUCAGGAAGCAAGGGAACAUAGUAAGGAGUCUGCAAGAAGCGCAGAACCACAUAAAAAUGAUUUUCACUACAACGAUGCUUUCCCGAGGCUCUCUCAUCGGCUCGCUAAUCAACAAAGUCAGGCAAGUUGUCAAAAAACAACCCGAUAUACCCGAAAUCAACAAAAAUCUCCCACCUACGCCCACACACAUUGCCUCCACAUCAACAAACAUCAACAGACCGGUAACCGCGGCCAGCAUUAGCAACAGCAGCUCCUUGCAGCAAUCCAAAACACUGGAGGAGCAGGUUGGUCUCCCGCGUCGUCCCAAGAAGCCACUGACUCCGUAUUUCCGCUUUAUGCGAGAAAUGCGGCCGAAGCUCAUAGAAAAAAACCCCACUAUAUCAGCCGUAGAUAUCGUGCGGCAGCUCUCAAAGAGUUGGGUAGGUGUUGACCCCAAGUUGAAGGAGCGCCUGCAGUCAGAGUACAAAAAGGAACAGCAGGUCUAUGUGGAGCAGCGCUCCAAAUACGAUGCCAAGCUGACUGAUGAACAGCGAGCUGAAAUCAAGCAGCUUAAGCAAGACAUUAUCGAUGCGAAAGAGCGCAAACAGUUGCGCAAGCGUGUAAAAGAACUGGGACGCCCCAAGAAACCAGCAUCUGCCUUUUUGCGUUUUGUGGCGAGUGAACGCACGAAUACACCACAAACAACACAACAAACGUAUCGCGAUUGGCACCAAAAAGCCACAGCGAAAUGGAGUCGUUUGACUGACGAAGAGAAGGGUAUAUACAUGCAGGAGUCGCGAAAGGAGCUGGACCAUUAUAAAAAAGCGAUUGCCAUUUGGGAGGAGAAAAUGAUACGUCUGGGACACAUGGACGUGGUGCGCCAUGGCAACCUUAUUGAACCGCCAGAGCCGAAGCCGCGCAAGUCCCAGGCAGUUAAAGAUAAAUAGUCGCAAGCGCCAUUGCCAUCACAUUUUUGAAAUCAUAGUGUCAUGUUUGCGAAUCAUUUAACGUUAAGCAGAAAAUUCAACAUUGAAUUGCUCCUACAGUGGACAUCAUUUUGUUAUUACGGCUCAAUUAAAGUUUUGAACAAAUGUUCUCGA